AUGGCAGGCCAUUUCCAGCAAAAGGAUACUCAGAUCAUUGACAAGCCAAGUGGUAUCUCAAUGUAUGGGGUGACAUAUCAAGGGAAAAAUAAUUAUUUUACUACAAAAGAAUGUAAGAAAACCAUUGGCUAUAACUACACGUGUGUUUGGGACAAGGGUGUCCCUACUGGCAAAACGUAUUUUUGUUGCCGUGAAUGUGGAAAAUAUUUUGCCCGAUUUUCUACUUUUUGUUACCAUCAGAGAUCUCAUGCAGAAAAGAAGCUUUAUGAGCACAGUGAAUGUGGGAAAUCUUUUACCAGUAGUACUGGCCUCCUUUCUCAUCAGAGAUGUCACAAAGGUGAAAGGCCUUAUCAAUGCAUUGAAUGUGGAAAAUCUUUUACCAGGAUCUUUUACCUUCAUCGCCACCAGAGAGUUCACACUAGAGAAAGGCCUUAUGAGUGCAAUGAAUGUGGACAAUCUUUUAUUCAGAAAUAUACCCUUCGUCGCCAUCGGAGAGUUCACACUGGAGAAAGGCCUUAUAAGUGCAAUGAAUGUGAGAAAUCUUUUAAGACUACCUAUUAUCUUCGUUAUCAUCAGAGAGUUCACAUUGGAGAAAGGCCUUAUGUGUGCAGUGAAUGUGGGAAAUCAUUUAUUCAGAAAUAUGCCUUUCGUUGUCAUCAGAGAGUUCACACUGGAGAAAGGCCUUAUAAGUGCAAUGAAUGUGGGAAAUCUUUUACCAGUAGUAAUGAUUUCCAUCGUCAUCAGAGAAUUCACACUGGAGAAAGGCCUUAUAAGUGCAAUGAAUGUGAGAAAUCUUUUAAGAGUAUUUAUUAUCUUCGUUCUCAUCAGAGAGUUCACACUGGAGAAAGGCCUUAUAAGUGUGGUGAAUGUGGGAAAGCUUUUGCCUAUGAAAAAACCCUCCGUUACCAUCAGAUGGGAUUUCACACAGGAGAAAGGCCUUAUGAGUGCAAUGAAUGUGGGCAAUCUUUUGUCAGUAGUAGUGGCUUCCAUUAUCAUCAGAGAGUGCACAUUGGAGAAAGGCAUAAGUGCAAUGAAUGUGAGAAAUCUUUUAACAGUAUCUAUCAGCUUCAUUAUCACCAGAGAAUUCACACUGGAGACUGGGCUUAUGAGUGCAGGGAAUGUGGGAAAUCAUUUAUUCAGAAAUAUGCCUUUCAUUGUCAUCAGAGAAUUCACACUGGAGAAAAGCCUUAUAAGUGCAGUGAAUGUGGGAAAUCGUUUACUCGGAGAAAUGUCCUUCAUCGGCAUGAGAGAAUUCACACUGGGGAAAAGCCUCAUGUGUGCAGUGAAUGUGGAAAAUCCUUUACCUGUGGAAGUAGCCUCCGUUACCAUCAAAUGGGAGUUCACACUGGAGAAAGGCCUUUUGAGUGCAAUGAAUGUGGAAAAUCUUUUACCAGUAGUAGUGCUUUCCGUCGUCAUCAGAAAAUUCACACUGGAAUAAGGCCUUAUGAGUGCAGUGAAUGUGGAAAAUCUUUUAUCAGUGGUAGUACCUUCCGUCGUCAUCUGAGAGUUCACACUGGAGAAAAGCCUUAUGUGUGCAGUGAGUGUGGGAAGUCUUUUACCACCAAGUAUUGCCUUAGUUGUCAUCAGAAAAUUCACACUAGAGAAAGGCCUGCCCCCCAUUAACUAGAGUGUAGUUAAUAUGGGAAAUCUUUUAUCCAAAAUUCUAACCCUACUCCCCACAUAAGAAUUCACAUUGGAGGAAGGUCUUGGAUAUUCAGGAAAUGUAGAUUUUUUUUUUUUUUGUUCACCCCUAAUAAUACUAUAAGAAACUCCAUAAAGCCCUAUUUGUCUGAACUGAAUCUCAUACACUGCAACAUCAAGAAUAGGGAGAUUCCCAAUAAAUUUGAGUGCUGUGAAAAUCA